UGAAUAGCUAUAUGUUGUAAUAAUGGAGGAAAAUAAUAAAAAAUCAGAAACAACAAAAUUAAAAUUGGUCCGCUGCAUGGAAUGGCUUCAACAUCAAAACGAUCCAAAGAAGCUGUCCUUACAAAACCAAAACGAUAUACAGUUUAUAUGUGAAACGAAUGCACAUCGUAAGAAAUUUUUGUUAUCGGUAGCGGAUGACCACGCUACUGUGCCGGCUGGUAUCGACGAGCCAGCUAUAGAACCAAAGGCCGUGCCUUUGCGCCGAUUACGUGAGGAGCACCUACAAAUGCUAUGCGAAUGGCAGUCGUGCAAGACCUACUUCACAAACUAUCAACAAUUUCAGAAGCAUGUUGCUAAACAUGUAUCUGAUCUGCGUGUUAUAGAUAUAGAAGGAAAUGUGAACUAUGUAUGCUUAUGGGAUGUAUGUGGCCAUAGUACUUUUGACUUCCAUGAGAUGGUACGUCAUAUUAAUUACCAUGCAUAUCAUGCACGACUACUAGCAAUCGGCUUUAAUGGGAGAGCAACCUUAAAAUUGGAAAGAUGUAAAAAGGACUCGACUAAAAGAAAUCAAUUGCCUCCAUUGCAGAGUAAACAUUGUUGCAUGUGGGUUGGUUGUUCGGAGAGUUUCAAUUCUAUACAGGUAUUCUUCGACCAUGUCAAGCAGCACAUAAACAACUCAGACGAGUUUCUCUGUUCGUGGGCCGGCUGCGGUGCGGUAUUCCCGCGACGAGUGUUGCUCACUAUGCACGUUCGCUCUCAUACACGCGAGCGACUUAUUGCCUGCUUUCAUUGCGGACAUCACUUUGCUUGUAAUAGAAAAUUGAGUGACCAUUUGCUUAGGCAGAACGUGCACUUGGGCGCCGGCUUUUCCUGCAGCAUGUGUGGCAUCACGUGCGCCAGCGAGUACCUCAUGCGCGAGCACGAGCGGCAGCACGUGUCGGCGUACGCGUGCGCGCUCUGCGACAUGUCCGCGCCCUCGCCCGCCGCGCUCGCGCACCACGUGCGCUACCGACACCUCGCCGACCACACGCGCACGCACGCCUGCCCGCACUGUCCCUACAGAGCCGUAACAAAAUGGGACCUUCAGAAACAUAUUCCAACACACACGCGUAAGAAAAAGCGAAGGAAACGUAAAGAAGAGACCAGUGACGUAGAGUUAUCCGAAGGUAAUUCAGAAGAAGAAGUUAAGAAGGAGAAAGUAAAGAAACAGUAUGCGUGCCAUAUGUGUCCUGAGAAGGAAGUGAAAAUCUUCUCGAGAGGGACGAGGUUGACCACGCAUCUUGUUAAAGUCCACGGGGCUCAGUGGCCCUUCGGACAUAGUAGAUUUAGGUAUCAAAUAAGCGAAGAUGGUAUGUACCGUUUAACCACAACCAGGUUUGAAUUUGAAGACGUCUCCAAAAAAAUUGUCGAUGGUUACAGCUGGCCCAAGGAGUCGCUAACAAAUGAGUUUGAAUUCAAUCUUAAGCAAACAGCAGAUGCCACCGAAACAUCACCUCAAAGAUUUGAGAUAACACUUAAAAAUAAUGGUGAUACGAAUGAUGAACAAGAUGAUAAUUCAGAUGAGAAAAAUACCAAAAAUAAUAAAGCAGUGGAAAUUAUGAUGUGCGAUGUCGACGAACACGGCAACAUUAUUAACACUGAAACUAUUCAAUCCGAUGUUGUUUACACUUAGCAAGCAAUGUGAUAAUAAUAUUAAUAAAUACUAUUUGACUGUAAGAUGUAUGU